AUGCCCUACUAUGGCUAUGAGCCUGAGCAAACCAAAGCUCAAAUCCGAUCCACUCGGGGAGAGACCAUCGACUUGGCUCUCCCCGUCACCUGCUUGGUCGGGGAACUACGUACAUUUCUGAUCAAAGAAUAUGGCUACGACCCCAACACGCGUCUCUUGUACAACGGACUUGUCACCGAUGACAACUCCUACGUGUGCGAUUACCCCUUCGGCUCCCUCAUCAUUGCCCUCCCCGCUGACACCCAGCCGCAGCACCAGUUACCGUCCCCCCGGCACCCUACGGCCGCCCAUCAACCACCGCAGAAACAACAUGCUCUCCCCGAGCCGACUCAUCCGGCUACGCACCACUUCUCGACUGCCAGCACUAGCGCCGACGCUAUUCGAAAGAACAAGACAGUUGAGGUAAUGCCGACCCACACAAACGCCGCUGCGCGGAAGAUGAGCCCGACAGAGACGCCUCUGGAGAUCGCGAAAGCGAAGCGCGACAGCACGGUUGUCAAGGAUCGGUUCAAGAACUCGGCACGCUCGGUCCUGUCCACCAGUUCGGAGCGCGCAAGGUCACACAGCAGACCCACGAGGGCGGAUGGCUUCUCAGCACCGACACGCACGUUUCCGCAUCCCUCUACGCCGACGCCUCCACCCGUUCUUGCUCCAGCGAGGAACGGUCCCUCGCCCGCACCGGGGAGUGGCCGAGCCGUAUCAGGUACCAGUGCACGCAGCUCUCCUUGGCCACAGGGGUCGCAAGACGCGACUGAGGCUCUCUCUAGCGCCGCGUCGUCGCAGGCGGCCAACCUCUCACCCUCUCCGCACAGUGCACAGUCCAGUGCAGCAGCUGAGGGACUCAGCUGUGAAGACAGCAAUGGCGAUGACAGCCAGCGCCGGCGGGUGCGGCUGAUGGUGGAGUGCAAUAUCCCUUCACUCAACCAGGUGGUCUCGGUACCGAUCAACAGCGAAUUUACCGUGUCGGACUUAAUCCGUGCGGUGGAAGCUGCGGUGCCCACGCUGACACCGGAAGCGCAGGUAGUCUACCGCGGUAAACUGCUGCCCAAAUCGCUCCAGGCAAAGCUGUUUGACAGCGGUAUUCGCAGCGACGCUCGGGUCUUCAUCGCGGCGGGGGAGUACAGUAACACUGAGAAGAUCACGCUACUGGAGAUUGAGGCAGACACUGCCGUCAUUGAGAGUGCGAUGAAAUCGCCGCUGACAGAUCCACAGCGCAAGGGCUAUUACGAGGAGCUGAUGCGUAUCUUGUUCCGCACGGACGGACUGCAAUCGCUGGAGGGUAAGUGGAGGCAGCGACGCAAAGACGUGGUGAAGCAUAUUACAUCACUGCAGGACAAAUUAGGCGUAGAUGUAAAAGUGUCGUGA